UACCCAUUUCUCUGUUUCUCUCUCUCCCUCUCUCCCUCUUCUACACAGACCCAAAGCCCCCUUGAGCUACCUCGACCUUUUUCCCUCGCAGAUCGAAUUCCCACAUCGUCUCCUCCAACCUCUUCCUCUUUAGGGUUUUCUCCUCAAUCAUUUUCUAGGGUUUUAGACUCAUCCGCUCCUCUCAACCUCACACGCGAUGGCCGGAUUGGGAAGGAUCGUUUGCCGAGGCGAUCCCCCUUGAGCUCGCACAUGAUCGUUGCUUGGGAGGACCUUUGCCGAGGUGAUUCCUCUUGAGCUCGCACGCAAUCCUCACUUGGGAGGACCUUCGUCGAGUCACACGAGAUCGCCGCUUGGGAGGACCUUCGCCGAGUAGCACGCGAUCGCCGCUUGGGAGGAAUCGUUCCUCCACCUUCAUCAUCCCUUCUUUCGCACUAUUUUUUUUGGAUGGACAAAAGUUGGAUACGCAAGUCAAGGUUGAGUAAAGAAUACUUUGAUGGGGUUAAUGAUUUCCUUAAUUUUGCAUUUGAGAGGUCAUCUCAAGAUGGAAAAAUAUUAUGCCCAUGCUCACGUUGUUCCAAUAUUAAUUGGCACACUCGUGAGGUAGUUAAGGAACACUUGGUAUGCAAUGGGUUUCUCCGAGGGUACACUCGUUGGGCUUGUCAUGGAGAAUCCAUCUCCUCCUCUUCCUCCAGUAGCAAUACAACGUACUAUCUACAAGAUCCUUUACGACUACUAGAGUCAACUCCUGAUCAAAUGGGCUCAAGUAGAAAUGAUGAUAUGGAAGGAUUAUUGCGAGAUGCCUUGAGAAUGCAUUUUCAAGAUUCAGAUAAUUCAUCGUCACGAGAAGAUAUUCCAAAUGCGCAAAAUAUUCGAGUAGAGAGUCAUGAGCAUUGUGAUAUAGGUCUUGAUAGGCAAGAACCUACCGAUGAGCCUAACAUAGGAGCAUCAAACUUUUAUAAGUUGCUUGAAGAUGCAAAACAAGAGUUAUAUCCAGGAUGUACAAAGUUUUCAAAGCUUUCUUUUAUAGUGCAUCUUUUUCAUUUAAAAUGCUUAAAUGGGUGGAGCAGUAAAUCAUUUACAAUGCUUUUGGAAUUGCUUAAUGAUGCUUUUCCUAAUGGUACAUCGCUUCCUAAGUCUACAUAUGACGCGAAGAAAUUUAUAAAGGAUUUAGGUCUUGGCUAUGAGAAGAUCAAUUCAUGUCCAAACGAUUGUAUAUUGUAUUGGGGUGGUAGGUCGAAUGAACAAUCUUGUGAUGUAUGUGGUGCUUCUCGUUGGUUACCAACUACUACUGAAAAUAUAAAUAAUGAUGAUUUGGGUAAUGAAGAAAGAAAAGGAAGGCCUGCAAAAGUCUUGCGUUAUUUUCCUCUAAUACCAAGACUUCAGAGAUUAUUCAUGUCUCCAAAAACUUCAGAUAAUAUGAGAUGGCAUGACGAAGGACGUACAAAGGAUGGACUAUUAAGGCAUCCAGCUGAUUCUUUAGCAUGGAGAUCAUUUGAUUCUCGAUAUAAGGAUUUCUCUUCUGAUCCUCGAAAUGUCAGAUUAGGACUUGCCACUGAUGGCUUCAAUCUUUUUAGAGCUAUGAAUACUUCUUAUAGCAUGUGGCCGGUUAUUUUAAUUCCAUAUAAUCUGCCGCCAUGGAUUUGCAUGAAACAAUCUUCAUUUAUCUUAUCAAUGAUUAUUCCUGGUACAAAGGGCCCAGGAAAUAAUAUUGAUGUCUACUUGCAGCCACUUAUAGAGGAAUUGAAGCAAUUGUGGGAAGGCGUGGAUACCUAUGAUGCAUCAAGAAAACAUAAUUUUCGCAUGCGCGCUGCUUUGCUAUGGACUAUUAGUGACUUUCCAGCUUACGCAAAUUUAUCUGGUUGGAGCACAAAAGGUCGCUAUGCUUGUCCAUGUUGUGCUGAUAAAACUUGUUCCAGAUGGUUAUAUAACGGAAAGAAGUUUUGCUAUAUGGGGCAUCGUCGGUGGUUAAGUGAAACUCACAAAUUCCGCUAUCAAAAACACCUAUUUGAUGGUACUGAAGAGUUUAGAUCUACACCUACCCCUAUAUCUGGAACAGAUGUGUUGAAGCAAGUAGAAGGCAUCAACUUUAGAUAUGGAAAGGUGCCUAAUUCUAGUAGAAAUAAAGCUUCCACCAGUAUGCAGUCAAAAAAACGGGUGAGAGAACAAAUAGACAAUUCUCAAGAUCUUGACAAUCAAUCAUAUAAUUUAGAGGCAAUUGGGAUAGAUAGUGAUGGAGAUGAAGAUGAAGAUAAUUUCAACAACACUAGCUUGUGGAAAAAGAAGAGCAUUUUCUUUAUGUUGCCUUAUUGGAAGUACAAUUUACUCCGGCAUAAUCUUGACGUGAUGCACAUAGAAAAAAAUGUUGGCGAAAAUGUGUUUGGAACGGUAUUAAACGAAGAUGGUAAGUCAAAAGAUAAUAUGAAGGCACGUCUUGAUUUAGUGGAUAUGGAUAUAAGACAUGAACUUCAUCCUCAAUCGCUCCCUAAUGGUAGGACAUAUUUGCCUUCUGCUUGCUAUUUGCUAUCUAGAGAAGAAAAGGAGGUAUUUUGCAAAGUUUUAAAAGACAUCAAGGUUCCAGAUGGUUUUGCUUCGAAUAUCUCAAGGUGUGUUAAUCUAAAGGAGUGUAGAUUGUUAUCUCUUAAGUCUCAUGAUUAUCAUAUUUUGAUGCAAGAUCUCUUGCCACUUGCUUUGCGAGCGUCUAUGACAACAGAAGUCGCCUCAACUUUAAUUGAGCUGAGUAACAUUUUUAAGGCCAUUUGUUCCAAAGUUCUUAAUGUUGAAGAUCUUGAGCAACUCCAACAUCGUGCUGCAAUUACUCUUUGCCAUUUGGAGAAGAUUUUUCCUCCUUCUUUUUUCACUAUCAUGGUGCAUUUAGUUAUCCACCUUCCCGAGGAGGCCAAACUAGGUGGACCAGUCCACUAUAGGUGGAUGUACCCAAUAGAGAGGAAUCUAUUUAGAUUGAAAUCAAAUGUUCGUAACAAAGCUCAUCCUGAAGGCUCAAUCGCCGAAGGAUAUUUGGUGGAGGAGUGUCUGAUAUUUUGUUCAAGAUAUCUUGAAGGAGUUGAGACGAGAUUUAAUAGACCUGUUAGAAAUUAUGACACUGUACGUGAUGAGCAUUCUACACCAUAUUUAUUUUUAACCGCUGGCCAACCAAUAGGUGAGGUUGAUGUCAUAACGUUGGAUGAAAUGGCAUGGGUACAAGCGCAUCGAUACGUGCUAUUCCACCAUAACAUUGUUGAACCAUUCCGAAAUGAAUAUAUAAGAAUAUUGAGAGCAAGAUCUCGUCCAAAACGACUACAAACUCAUGAAAUUGAUAGGCUACUAAAUGAACAGUUUCAUGAGUGGUUUGGCGAUCAUGUUGCAAGUCAAUUGGAUGUUGCCGACGAAGUUAAAUGGCUAGCUCGGGGACCAAAUAAAAUUGCUAAAAGAUAUAAGGGUUUCAUUAUCAAUGGCUUUAGAUUUCAUACCAAAGAUCGUGAGAGAAAUAGACGUACCCAAAAUAGUGGCAUUGUCGUCACUUCUUCAAUUAAAAGUUACGCAAGUGCUAGGGAUACGAACCCUUCGGAAGGAAAUGUUGACUACUAUGGCAUAUUAACCGAUAUAGUUGAAUUAGAUUAUUAUGGUAAGUUUAGAGUCGUAUUAUUCCGAUGCGAUUGGGCUGAUGUCACUAGUAGUAGGGGUACUAGAAAAGAUCAAUUUGGAUUUACAAUGGUUAAUUUCUCACGAUUGAUACAUACUGGAGAGCAAUUGAGACAUGAACCAUUUGUUUUCUCCUCUCAAGUAAAACAAGUAUUUUACUCUCAAGAUCUUAAAAAUGUGGAUUGGUAUGUUGUCCUUUACAAAGCACCUAGGGACUUAUUUGAUAUGGGUGAGAAGUCGAAUGAUGAAGAUUUUGUGGUGCACAAUGAGUGUAUGCCUUUUACUAGCCAACACUUAGAUGAGAACUUCUCGGAUGAUCAUAGUAUUCAGAAUUGGGUAAGAUUGGAUGUUGCUGGAGACAUUCACUCAAACUAAGAGGGUGUAAAAUGACGAGAUCCAGAAAAUUGAAGGGUGUUACAAUUAUUGAGUUGACCUCACAAACAAAUGGACAAGGUGGCGGUCAAGAUGGUGUAUCAAAUAUUGAAGAAGAUGGGGAAGCAAGUUUGGCAGGAGAGA